CUCUCCUUCAAUUCCAUCCAAUUUUCACCGACCAAUUAACCCAAUUGAUCGUUCCGUUUCCUCAAUUCGACCAAGUUUCACCUACCCAUUAGUCCUAAAAGUUCAAUCUUUUUCCUCAAUUCCACCAAAAAUUCAAUCGUUUCCUCAAUUCCACCAAUUUCUCACCGACCCAUUAACCCAAAGAUUCAAUCUUUUGCUUCAAUUUCAUCACAAAUUCAAUCUUUUUCCUCAAUUCUACCAAUUAUUUCACCGACCCGUUAAACCCCAAAAAUUCCAUCUUUUUCACCAUAUGGGCACAUUUAGGGUUCCAUCGGAACCAUCAAAAUCCCCAAAUUCAUCAUCAUCACAACCCACAACCACCACAUCGACAUCUCGAAUCGAGACGAUUAAUGGGUCCCACGAAUUCAAGGUAGAUGGUUACUCCUUAUCUAAAGGUAUGGGAAUUGGGAAAUAUGUAACUUCUGAGAUCUUUACCGUGGGUGGUCAUUCUUGGGCUGUUUACUUUUACCCUGAUGGUAAAAGUGCUGAGGAUAAUGGUACUUAUGUCUCGCUUUUUAUAGCGUUGGCUAGUGAUGCAACUGACGUUAGAGCUUUGUUUGAGCUGUCUCUUAUGGAUCAGAGUGGUAAUGAGAGGCAUAAGGUUCAUACCCACUUUGGUCGCGUGCUUGAGACGGGUCCUUACACGCUAAAAUAUCGCGGUAGCAUGUGGGGAUAUAAACGCUUUUUCAGGAGAACAUUAUUAGAAACAUCAGACUAUCUGAAAGAUGAUCGUCUCUUGGUCCAAUGCACUGUUGGUGUUGUCAGAUCAUACAAUGAAACACCAAAGACUUUUUCUCUGCCUGUGCCACCAUCAGACAUUGGAAUUCAUUUUGGGCAGCUCCUAGAGAGUGGAGAGGGAGCAGAUAUAAAGUUUGAAGUUGAAGGUGAAGUCUUUGCUGCACACAAGUUGGUUCUUGCUGCCCGCUCCCCCGUGUUCAGGGCACAACUCUUUGGUCCAUUGAAGGAAGAUAAUGUACAAAGUAUUAAAGUUGAAGAAAUACAGGCUCCAGUAUUCAAGGCGUUGCUCCACUUCAUCUAUUGGGAUUCCCUUCCUGAUUUACAAGAGCUUGUGGGUCUCGAUACAAAAUGGGCAGUCACUUUGAUGGCUCAGCAUCUGCUUGCUGCAGCGGACCAGUAUGGGCUUGAGAGAUUGAGAGCACUUUGUGAGGCUAAGCUUUGCGAAGAUGUUACAAUCAACACUGUUGCCACAACUUUAGCUUUGGCAGAUCAGCAUCAUUGUGUCCAACUGAAAUCUGUGUGUCUUAAGUUCAUUGCGUUGCCUGAGAACUUGAAAGCUGUGAUGCAAUCGGAGGGAUUUGAUCACUUGAAGGAGAGUUGUCCUUCUGUCAUCACAGAAUUGCUGAAGUAUGUCGCUGGGAUGAAUGAACAUGCAAUCAUUUCUUAUGUACACGGUGGACACAUUCUAGAUGGCACUGAUGUGAAUGGAAGAAGAGUGAAGCAAAGGAUUUAUUGAGUGCAAGGUUCCAUAUUUGAUGCUGUGUAGCAAUUUAUAAUGACAUUGUCAUAAAAAGAAUUUGACAGUUCCAAUUGGUACAGUUAUUGAUUCUAUUACUAGUUCUAUUAUCAAAGUGCAUAUAGUCCAGGAAUGCUUUCGUUGGUCACUCGUAUUGUUCUGUUUCUGAGCAAAUGGACCUUUAACCUAGGGUGGAUGAGGAGGUGCCUGCAAUAUGUGUAGUAGGUGCUUAAAUGUUCUCAUUUUAGGACGAAGUCAACAGUUGUGUGAGUCUAAGCAGCGGUUGAUGCUGGUAUAGUGUGAUUUCUUUCUUUCCCUUUUUAUACUGAAGCUUGUAAUAUUGUCAAGUUGAGCAAAUUUCGCUCACUGGUCUGAUUUUCAUGUAUGAUUGAUGAUGGAUAUUCUGGUUUCUACUGUUAUUCAAAUAUUAAGUGUUUUAUUCCUUUUC